AUGACACACGUUCGUUAGUGACACUUUUAUUGUGAAGGUUGCGAUAGCCGGAAGUCGUUCGUCUUGUAGUUUUCCUGAUGCCGGUGAAACGGGGCAGAGUACACCGCCCGCCCCGGUAGACAAUAACGGAACUAACAGUAAAAUAAACGAAAUGUAAAGUCAGUAAAGUGACGAGAGCAGCUGUUCAGAAGUUGUGCAUUUGAUGUAAAAACUGUUUAACGAUUUAAAAACCACAUUUCACCCUAGAGCCGACUGAAGUUCAUAGCUAGCAUUAGCUAACUAUGUUAAGUUACCUGAACAGCUACCGAAGCUAACCUGGAGCCAACAGGAUUAGCUCUUUGGGUUUAACACAAACUUAAGGUGGCUUAAAUGGCCAUGAAGGGGAGCACCUGGUCGAGCAAGCCUGGAGAGCUGUAAAGGAUGCUCCAGGGGCCGUACAGCAGCUUGGACCGGGACCGGCCCCUCAUCCGGCUCCCUUUCACCAGCUUCACUGUGGGAACGGUUCUGCUUCCUCUGACCGGCCUCAUCGCCUGUCUCUUCACUUCACUCAUUUAUCACUUUGAGGACUCAACAUUCACACACUGUCAUGUGUCAAACUACCUGCCAUCCAUCAGCUCGGCCAUCAGCCGUGUACCAGAGCGCUACAUCUGGCGCUGCUGCAUUGGCCUGCACUCAGCACCGCGCUACCUGAUUGCAGUCACCUACUUCAACUUCUACCGCAGCCGCUUCGCUAAGAGGCUGCUGGAGCUGUUGCUAAGCGUGCUGGUUCUCCUCUGCAGCUUAGCCGAAAACACCGGCCUGCUGCUGCUCACAUAUGUGGCAUCCACCGAAACCUACAAUGUUCAUAAAAACGGUUUUGUGGUGUUCAUAUCGAGCUCGCUGCUGCACAUGCUCAUUACGUGCAGACUGUGGCACGUGAUCAGGAGACACUAUGUUAACCCAGAGGAAAUGACAUCAUAUCGCUGGAAGGUACGUCUCUUCCUGUUUAACGUCAGCUGUUGUCUGGCUGCUGCUUACUUCUUCAGACGCCACAACAAGUACUGUGAAGCAGGAGUCUACACCCUCUUUGCCUUCUUUGAAUACCUGGUGGUCUUCUCCAACAUGGCCUUCCACAUGACGGCCUUCUGGGACUUUGGGAGCAAAGAGGUGAUCGUGGCCACGCCACCUGAAGACAAGCGAUACUGAGCAUGAGCCUCAUGUGUUGACUCUGUUUAAAAAAAAGGUGAAAAGAAACCCACCAAUGGGAGACAAGGAAGCUCAAACUUUGUGACACCUGUGAACACAUGAAGGCAUCAUGCAGCCUCAUGAACGUUAUGUGAGAACUGAUACUGAUGCCUUUGUCAGCACUGCAGGUGAGAUAAAGCUUUUUAUCAUUCCAACAACACCUGUGAUCUUAGAACUGCCCGUGAAGCAGCUUCAUGACGUUUGGACCGACAGCCUCGUCACGUUCUGCAGCAGCAGAAAGUUUCAUACAAGUGGGGUUUUUUCAAAACUCAAUUUUUGCAGCAGUGGGACAACAGAUUUCACCCAGACCUGCAGAGUACAAGUUUUCUACAAGAAGCGUCUUAAAGAUUAAAGAAAAUACCUCUCAAAAGCAGUAUUGUUUAAUGUUAUCUGACCACAGCAGCCGUGUAAAAGUCAUAAAAUUGUCAGAUUAUUUAUUGUCAAGUAGGUUUUCGCAUACAAGGAAUUUGCCUUGUUGUGGUGGUGCUGAACAGAAAAUAUAGUAAGAGAAAAGAAAAAAAUCUGCAAAUUUAGAAUCUUAUAUAUAAAAUGGAAAUUUACAGUAAAAAUGUGUAACAUGUGUGUUUGGAAAUUAAGGGAGCUGUGCAGCUUUUAAAAUAUAUUAAAGAAUAUGAAAUAUCUUCGGGGGCGGUUGGCAAGUCCGUCUCACCCGAAGAACACAUUUCCACCGUCAUUCGGUAUCUAUCAUCAUAUCGGCCAACCCUGGAUCAGAGAAUAGGAAAAAGGGACCAACAACCAACCAACCUUUGGUGCCAACACUUAUUGUUAUUGUAUUUAGAGUCUCAGCCAGUUUGUGGUGCUUGUCCCGAGAUGGGCCUUAAAAUCACACAUAACAACAAUAAAAUCUGUACAGAACAGCACAAAACACUAAACUGAAGCAGAAAAACGGAGAAAACAGAACAUCCAAACUCCACCUCACAGCCCCUCUAAACCUCACUGAGUAACAUUUCAUGUCUCGUUUGUUUCAGCUGUGUACAAAUGAAGAGUAAAAAUAUGUGUAUUAUACUGUAUACUACUUGGUUGGGAGCCAGGCUAGUUGUUUCCCCCUGUUUCCAGUCUUUAUGCUAAGCUAACGGUCUGCUGCCUGUCCAGACAGAGUGGUAUCAACCUGAACAUCUAGAAAGAGAAGAGAAAUUCACUAAAUGUUUAAACUGUAUGAGCCCUAACCUUAAAGCUUUUGUCAUUAUUUAAGAUUUGGGGUUUGGAAGGUUUUGGAGAUGAGACUAAAUCAAAACUGUGGUUUAACUGUUUAACCAGCAGCUGAUCUGUUUCAGUUCCGCCUCAGGUUUUUAUUUUUUCUCUCCAGGCAGUGAAAUCUGAAACCUCUCCAGCUUCAGUGAUCAUCUCAGAGCCUCAGCUCACAUAGAUGCUGUUCAUCCUCCCGUUUAAACAGUUGGUGAUGAGCAGCAGCAUCAUGAAGCUGUGUCACAGACAGACGAGGUUAUUUACUCUGUCAGCCUCUUACUCAUCAACACUAAACUGGACUCACAUGUUCGCUGCUCAUUGCUGGCUUCCUGACAGGACAGCCGGUUUUUAACAGCAGUGUUUGUUUAUGCAGACUUUUUCUUCAGGUUUACAGCACUAAACCUUUCACUGAAUACUUAACCAGUAGUCAGGCCGCAACUAAAACCACCAGUUGGUGCUGUUAGCAGUAACUAGUCCUGGAUACGAUUAACAGGAGUUAUUGUGUAAAACACAGGUUUUACAUACAGUACAUGUAUUUAUGUAGAGUUCCCAGUACAAUCAUUCAGGUGUGGGUCCACAGAGAUUCCCAAUGCACAAUAUUACAUAAUUUAUUUUACGAGCAGUAGAUCAGAGUUCAUUUCAUCAACAAAACCUGUGAUGAAAAAUAUGCACUGAUUAUUUUUUUCAUGUUGAAAAUGAGGCCCAACUAAACACAAGCAUAUCUUUGGAAAGGAGAACUAUAAAGAAAUGUUUGGCAUUUUUCAUAACAAAUAAAGCUAAAUGAUAAUAUGAAAGAUGGACAAAUUAACAAUUAAACUGAUGACACUGAUGAUCACACACUGUUGCUCCUGAUUGGUCUGACAGUUUCCUCCACCGGCCAAUAAUACAGCUUGUUCAGAAGUGGAUUGUGGAUGUGUUGGACCUGCUGCUGUUACUUUUACAUUCAGUCAUGUUGUCUCUGUCAGUAAAGUUUUCUGAUAAUUUAUGGACUAAAUUUAUCAACAAUCCACUGAGCAUUUAAAAGGAAGCAGAAAAAAACAGCUGAGACAUGAAAAUACACAGGCAGCACAACCACGUUUAAUAAAAGCCAACGCCGCAUUGGAUGUAACUUUAAAUUUAGCUGUUAGCCAUGUAUUUUGAGUUGUCAGAAGGAACGAGUCAGUUCGGGAUUAAUGUCAAAAAUCUAAAUCUUCCUCUAGAUGUUCACAAAGAAAUAUCACAAUGUUAUCUGAUGUUUGCGCUUCUCUCAACAUAAACAGUCAACGGUGUUUUAGUGAAAAAGCUACUCUGCAGUGCAGAGAACAGCUAGCUGUGCUAAUGCUAAUGCUAAGUGAGCACUCACAAGAGAGAGCGGUUCUGUUCGGAGUUUGGAUGUGAUCACGGUAACCAUGGUGACUGACAAAGAUGGCUGCAACUGUACCCUCUGAAAGCUUAGAAGACACAAAUGGGACUGAAAUUUCUUUUUUGACUUGACUUUUGUUGACUAAAACUAGCAAAACCAAAAAAAAAAAAAACUAAAUUUAUUUUAGCUAAUAAACACUGC